GUUUGUGGUGAGCUACGUUUUUCUUUGUUUCUGACAGAGUUCUACACAGCAAGGUGAAAUGGCACAGCAAGAAAAGUUCUGCUGUUCAAUCUGUUUGGAUCUACUGAAGAAUCCAGUGACUAUUCCCUGUGGACACAACUACUGCAUGAACUGUAUUAAAGCCCACUGGGAUGAAGAGGAUCAGAAGGAAAACUGUAGGUGCCCUCAGUGCAGACACCCCUUCACACCGAGACCUGCACUGGUGAAAAACACCAUGUUAGCAGAUUUAGUGGAGGAGCUGAAGAAGACUGGACUCCAAGCUGAUCCUGCUGAUCACUGCUAUGCUGGACCUGAAGAUGUGGCCUGUGAUGUCUGCACUGGAAGACAAAUGAAAGCCUUCAAGUCCUGUUUAUUCUGUCUGGCAUCUUACUGUGAGAAACACCUUCAGCCUCAUUAUGAUGUGGUUGCAUUGAAGAAACACAAGCUGGUGGAGCCCUCCAAGAAGCUCCAGGAGAACAUCUGCUCUCGUCAUGAUGAGGUGAUGAAGAUGUUCUGCCGUACUGAUCAGCACAGUAUCUGUUAUCUCUGCUCUGUGGAUGAACAUAAAGGCCACAACACAGUCUCAGCUGCAGCAGAAAGGACUGAGAGGCAGAGAGAGCUGGAGGUGAGUCGACAAAACAUCCAGCAGAGAAUCCAGGACAGAGAGAAAGAUGUGAAGCUGCUUCAACAGGAGGUGGAGGCCAUCAAUCAGUCUGCUGAUCAAACAGUGGAGCACAGUGAGAAGAUCUUCACUGAGCUGAUCCAUCUCAUCCAGAAAAGAAGCUCUGAUGUGAAGCAGCAGAUCAGAUCCCAGCAGGAAACUGAAGUGAGUCGAGUCAAAGAGCUUGAGGAGAAGCUGGAGCAGGAGAUCACUGAGCUGAAGAGGAAAGAUGCUGAGCUGAAGCAGCUCUCACACACAGAGGAUCACAUCCAGUUUCUACACAACUACCCCUCACUGUCAGCACUCAGUGAGUCUACAGACUCAUCCAGCAUCAAUAUCCGUCCUCUGAGCUACUUUGAGGAUGUGACAGCAGCUGUGUCAGAGGUCAGAGAUAAACUACAGGACAUUCUGAGAGAGGAAUGGACAAACAUCUCACUGACAGUCACUGAAGUGGAGCCAGAGCCAAAGACCAGAGAUGAAUUCUUAAAAUAUUCAUGUGAAAUCACACUGGAUCCAAACACAGCAAACACAAAGCUGUUAUUAUCAGAAGAGAACAGAAAAGUGACAGCAAUGAAUGAACAACAAUCUUAUUAUCAUCAUCCAGACAGAUUCACUUAUUGGUGUCAGGUCCUGAGUAGAGAGAGUCUGACUGGACGCUGUUACUGGGAGGUGGAGUGGAAAGGAACAGGAGUUCAUGUCGCGGCUGCAUACAAGGAUAUCAGCAGAACAGGGUGGGGUAAUGAGUGCAAAUUUGGGCGUAAUGAAAAAUCUUGGGCAUUCAAUUGUUACAAAAGUAAUUAUACGUUUUGGUACAACAACACCCAAACUCCUGUCUCAGGUCCUCAGUCCUCCAGAGUAGGAGUGUACCUGGAUCACAGAGCAGGUAUUUUGUCCUUCUACAGCGUCUCUGAAACCAUGACUCUCCUCCACACAGUCCAGACCACAUUCACUCAGCCGCUCUAUGCUGGACUCUGGCUUUACUCUGGUGUAACUUUUCUAAUCCAUCUGUCCCAUGGUCCUUGAAUGCAGCGUCAGGAUUACAGGUUAACAACUGAA